CGAUAAACAUAUCCGGACAAGCCUCGAAUCAAAGAGACGAGAACUUCCAAAAGUGGAAGUCAGAGAGUUUCCCAUCACAAAUACCACGUGAUGAUGACGCGAAGAAGAUGAUGGAUGAGAAGUUGUACAAUUACGCAGAAGAAGACAAAUUUGAUGAAUUAUUUGGUGAACUGCGGCGUGUUUCAUCAGCGGAACUAUCAUCCGUCAUUUACACACAAGUUAGCCCCUCUGGAAAUUCAUUGCUUCAUGUUUCAGCGAGGCAUGGAAGUAAAGAUGUGACAGAGCUCCUUCUUCAGCACUUUCCGCUUCUAAUGACAAGGAAAAACUUCCACAAAGAUACUGCACUUCAUUUAGCAGCCAGAGCUGGACAGCUGGGAACUAUUACAAUUCUUAUCAACAAGGCAAAAGGCCAUGGAGAAGCCAGCGACUUUUCUAGUUUUUUGGAGAUGAAGAAUGAUAGGGGAAACACUGCUUUACAUGAUGCAGUCAUUAAUCGUCACCAAGAAGUUGCCCGUUUUCUGGUUUCGGAAAGCUCGAAGCUUUUAUAUACUGAAAACAAUGAACGUAAGUCUCCCUUGUAUCUUGCAGUCGAGAAUAGCACUGACAAGCCGAGUGAUGAGAAGAUGUUCACUAUUCUUAUGGAUGCUAUACCCGAUGAUGUUGAUUUACUUAACAAGCUAGAAGGAAAGUCUCCUGUGCACGCCGCUAUCCAAGGAAGAAAGACAGAAAUAUUGAAACAAAUAGCGAAAGAAAAGCCAGGCCUUUUGCGCCGGAAAGAUGAGAAGGGGGGGAAUCCACUUCAUUGUGCAGCAUCCAUGGGUUAUGUUUGGGAAACUCAAUUCCUGUUCGAUAAAUAUCGUGAUGGUGCAAUCCAGCAAAACGAUGAAGGCAACAUGCCUAUCCAUGUUGCUAGCAAAAAGGACCAUGUUGAUGUAGUUGAUGCAUACAUUUCCAAUUGGACUGAUGCAACAGAAUUUCUCAACAGCAAAAGGCAGAACGUUCUUCAUGUCGCCGCUGAGAGUGGAAGGCAUCGAGUGGUGAAGUAUAUCCUACGAAAUAAGAAUCUGGAAGCACUUAUAAAUGAGAAGGAUCUAGAUGGAAAUACACCUUUGCAUUUAGCAUCAAAGAAUGGCCGCUCCAUUGCAACAUUUACUCUUGCGCGAAACUCUAUGGUUAUGAAAUGCAUAGCCAAUGGCGAAAACUUGACACCAUAUGAUGUUGCAGAGAAGCAAUCUAAAAUUGUGGGAGCAGAAUACUCAGGUGAACCAAUUCCGAACGGGAAGGACGACCAAGUUGAUCAAAAGAGUGAAAACUAUGGAGCGAAGCCACUAACAAAGGACAAAUCAGAUCAUGGACUGGGAAACCAAGUUGAUCAACAUGAGAAAAGUGGAGGGAAGGGAAAACUAGAUUAUUAUGGAGUUAUGAUGACAUUAUCGAUCUUACAUUUCUUUGCUCGCCGUAACAAAUCCAAAAUAGAAUAUUUCCGAAUUAAGAGCAGGCCUCUACCAAAAGAGGAUAUCAAGGGCAGGAUCGAUUGUCUUCUUGUUGUAGCCGUGCUUAUCGCUGGUGUAACAUUUUCUGGCAUGCUCCAACUUCCUCGAAGUGCAGACCUGCCUGAAAGAGGACCUUCUAACAUCACCACCACCACCACCGCCACCAAUAGUACCCAAAACCAGGGCAUAUCAGCAAAAAAUGAAGGCAUUCUGAGGAAUGUUUAUAUUUAUUUUGACAUGGUAGCCUUGAAUGCCGCGGUCAUGGCAUCGAUAAUCCUUUGUUGGGCUCAACUAUAUGAUGUCAAAGUAGCAGCACAUGCAGUUUGGUUGGCAUCAAUAUUAACAGGUGGUGCUAUCUAUUUGAUGUGCCUAGCAUUCGUCUUUGCUGUUGCUAUUAAUGUAGGGAACAGUUUUGCCUUCAUCGUUGUCACCCUUGUCGUCGGAGGAGCGCUUUUUCUUGUCCAAACCGUGCUUUCUGCUCCAUUGAUUAUUCCGCCGAAUGCCAACCAAAUCAUUGAAAGAAUUGCUUCACCAUACCUCUAUUUCGGGUUCUUCAUCUGUUAUUGUGUUUUUGAGUGGCUGCUUUUUAAAUUUAGCAAACGCAGUAAGAACAAAGGGGAGCUACAAUAAACAAAGUCUUCUUGAUAUGAUGCUCUUCGGAUCAAUGGAUUUUGUGUUUAAUCAUCGUAAUAAUUUCAUUUUGUUGAUUGUAACAAUUAUUUGAUAGUUUUAUAUUUGUAAUAAUUUG